AUGUCAUGGAAUGUACACAUGCUCGGUUUGCUGAGAGAAACAGCGCCGUACUCGAGCUCGACUUCUGAAUUCAACAAUUCAUUAGCACGUGAUUGGGACAGGCUGAUUGAGAAGUGCCAAAGGGAGUGGGAGGUUAAUGUGAACGCACGUAGUCUUCAAGCCGAGGUGCUGGAUGAUCAGGAGAUUCUGGAGCAUAGGAUGCUAAUGUGGGGGGAGGAAGAGGAGGAAUUGAGGCUGCCACGGGAUGAGGUCGAGGUGUUUGAGGCUGAUGAGUUUGGGUUCGAGGUGGAAGAGCCUGAUGGAGGUCUGGCUAGCCUCAUAGACACGUCUGAGGCCAGGACACGUCUGGAUGUCGGACUCUGCAUGGAUGGAUAUGGAAAUCAGACGCGAAAUGACACGACGCACGCGUAUGAGUCUAGUAGCCAGAGGUGUAUUAGUGUUACCAUCAAGACUCAAGAAGCCUUGGGUUGGAAAAUUACAAGAUUGACUGUCAAAAUUGUGACCAUGCAUGAAAAACAGAUGUUCACUGCCUCAUCCAUGGAAAAAUGA